UAUAAGUAAAUAAAUGAGAGGCUUUGAAAGAGAGAACGAGGAAGAAUGCAAUUAAUCAAUGGUGUGGCGCUGCUGAGAAUAUUGUAUACGAAAGCCGCGGCGGCCACCGUAUCGACGUCGACAGGUAUAGAAUUCGGCACGUUUCUUUGGUACAGCUACGCCGGAAUAUCAUGCUUCUUGGUAGUCUUCGCCGGAAUUUGUUCGGGCCUCACCUUGGCCCUCAUGCCCUUGGGACAAGUCGAGCUCGAGGUCCUCCGCCGCAGUGGUUCCCCAUCCGAGAAGAAACAGGCUGUUGCAAUACUUCCAGUGGUUCAGAAGCAGCACCAGCUUCUUGUGACAUUGCUUUUAUGUAAUGCUGUUGCAAUGGAGGCCCUUCCACUGUACUUGGAUAAGAUGUUCAAUCCAUUUGUUGCCAUUAUAAUGUCCGUGACUUUUGUUCUAAUUUUUGGGGAGGUUAUUCCUCAAGCCAUAUGUGCUAGAUAUGGGCUUGCUGUGGGUGCAAAUUUCAUUUGGCUAGUGCAAGUAAUGUUGGUUAUAUGCUAUCCUAUUUCUUACCCGAUUGGAAAGCUACUGGAUUGGGCGCUUGGACAUAGUGAGCCACUUUUCAGAAGAGAUCAGUUGAAGGCUUUUGUGUCUAUUCAUGGAGAGGAGGCGGGGAAAGGUGGCGAACUCACACAUGAUGAGACGACUAUUAUCAGUGGAGCACUAGAUUUAACCAAGAAGAUCGCUGAGGAGGCCAUGACGCCAAUAGAGUCUACAUUUUCUUUGAAUUUGGACUCAAACUUGGACUGGGAAGCUAUUAGUAGGAUCAUGGCUAGUGGCCAUAGUCGAAUUCCUGUCUAUCAUGGGAGCCCAAGGAACAUCAUUGGAGUUUUACUGGUAAAGAGUCUCCUCACAGUGAGACCAGAAACAGCUACACCAGUAAGCAAUGUUUCCAUUCGUAGAAUCCCUUGUGUUCCAGCAGAUAUGCCUCUGUAUGACAUACUGAACGAGUUUCAGAAAGGCAGCAGUCACAUGGCUGCUGUGGUAAAGUCGAAAGGAACUAGAACAAGGCCUUUGUUUGUUGAAGCUAGGAAUGAGAACUCAAACAUGGACUCCAGCUUGAUCAUUCCGUUGCUGUCAAAUAGAGUGGACAAGACAGAUAGUGUAGCUAUUGAUAUCUACCCGGACUCAACGCCGAGUGAAUCAGAAGAUGGUGAAGUUGUUGGCAUCAUCACUUUGGAAGAUGUAUUUGAAGAACUUCUGCAGGAGGAAAUUGUUGAUGAGACUGAUGAAUUUGUUAAUGUGCACAAAAGAAUACGCGUGAUGGCAGCUGCUUCAUUGGUGCAAUCUCCAUCCUUUAGGAGGAUAGCUAUGCAGAAAGGAGUUUAUAAACCGCGUUAAAUCCCAGAAAAUCAAAUGAGUUCGGCUCCCCUGCAUCGUCAUUUGUAAGCAGCUUUGGGGACGCACAUUCUUCAAAUGAUCGAUGAAGAGAGAGGGCUGCUGGAGUUGAGUCCAUUUUGUUGGUAGAGAAAGUAGGUGUAUAUUCUAAUGUUUGGUAGGAGUACAUAACAAAUCAAUAGGAAUAGUCUGAACUCAGCUUCAUAAUUUGAAUCAAAUGGAGUUGGAUGAAUUGUUGGUUAUAUAUCAGCCUUACAGUAGAGAAACAGCUAGUUUACUUUAUCCAAUUCCAGCAACAAAUAAUUGACAUAGUUAUUCUUUUUGGUGGUGAUGUUUCAAUUAUUAUA